AUCUCACUUUUAAAAUGGCUGUGGUUAUAAGUGUCAGUACAUAGUGCUGCUCUAGUAAGUAGCGUUGACACUAAAACAUUCAUUCCUAGCAGAUCGCUUUGUGUUCAGGGACGAAAUGGAUUUGAAACAAUAGAGAAGCGAGUUAGAAAUACACUUACAAUGCCAGGAGGUGACUUUUUCAUUAUGAUGCUUCUUCUUUGGACAUUUGUUGGCAGGGGGGUUGAUGGUGAGACAGUGACUGGAGUGUUACAUGAGCGAGUGGAGCUUCGAGGACGUUAUGGACAAAAUCCAGAUGUGGAAUCUGUGGAAUGGGCUAGCUAUACUGUACAUUCAACAAAGAAAGUGUUAUAUAGCGUUAUUAAGGCAGGAAAUGCUACAUGCUUUUAUCGCUGCCAAAAUAUUUCAUUUAAUUUAGAGAAUAUGAGUCUUAUUUUGGAUCAUAUCACAAAGAAAGAUGAAGGCAAUUAUGAGGAGAAAACCAUCUUUAAAAAUAAGACCAUUCUAUAUUUUAAUAUCACAUUAUCUGUACCAUGUUUGGAGCCAAGGAUUCUAGCUGUAUCAAAAAUUGUCUCUUUUUCCUCUGGCUCUCUGACCCUGAGUUGUGAGACCAGCGGGGAGUUUAAGCAGCUGCAGUGGUUUAGAAAUGGCCUUCCGUUGCCUGAUGACCAGAGAUUCUCCCUCAGUGAUAACAACAAGACCAUGGUGGUGUCCAGCCUGACCAGUUCAGACUGUGGCAACUACACCUGCCAAGUAUCAAAUGCACACGGAACAUCAGCAGCGCAUGUUAUUGUCAGCGGUGAUGCUUGUGAACCAGUUUCCUGGUUUUGUGAAGAAGUUUAAUCUGUGUAAGCAAAUAUUAUGGUAAAUAUGCCAGUCAUUAUAGUAACAAAAUAUUAACACUAAUCAAAUUAUAUACUAAUCAUUGUAUUAUAAUUUAAUGAUGCAACACUUUUCUUUUCUUUUUUUUUUGUGGUUAAAGUCAUACAUUUGCAUCCUUUAAAACACAGCAAGUGCUUUAAAACCAGGUCAAUAAGAGGUGUACAAUCUCAUUUAAUGAGCUAUUUAAUGCUGUCAAUUUAUUAUUACAGCCGAUUAACUUAACUGAUUUUAGUUGAUGGAAGGUAAAUAGUCACAUAAACAUGUGAAUGUAAAGCUUAUAAGUAAUGGAAUCACUGAAUAGUCAAGUCAAGAAGCUUUUAUUGUCACUUCAACCAUAUAUAGCUGUUGCAGUACAUAGUGAAAUGAGACAACGUUUCUCCAGGAUCAUGGUGCUACAUAAAACAAAGACAGGGCUAAGGACUUUAGUCCUAGCCACAUAAAGUGCAACUGUGCAACCUGGUGCAAACAGUGCAGGACAGGACAAGACAUUGCAGAUGUAAAGUUACAAGACAAUACAAAAAAUACAAAAAAGACAAUACACAAAAGACAAUAAACAGAAACAGCACCGACCAGUUUAAAUACUGUAUGUUCAGACAAUGACGUAUGUUCAUAGAAUGAACACUUAGCAGCAGGGUCCCUGAGAUAAUGUAUAGGAUUUGUGCAAAAACAGCAAACAACUGAGAUAUUGUACAGUAUGUGCAAAAACGACUGAAAGAGCAAAAAAGUAAAAAAGCAUGCAAAACAGCAUGUAAACAGUUUGAUGAAUGUAAGCAGCAUGUAAAAAAGUUUAUGGAUAUAUAUAUUAGAAGUGUGUGUAUUUGGUGUAGGUCUGUGUAGUCCAUAAGUCCAGAUGAUGUUGGAUGUAUGUUGUGCUCAGUACAGUUCAGUUCAGUUAUUGAGAAGUCUGAUGGCUUGUGGAAAGAAACUGUUACACAGUCCUGCCGUGAGGGACUGAAUGCUUCGUUACCCUUUUCCAGACGGCAGGAGGGUGAAGAGGGUGUGUGAGGUGUGUGUGGGGUCAUACACAAUGCUGUUGGCUUUGCAGAUGCAGCGUGUGGUGUCCAUGAUGGAUGUAAGAGAGACUCCUAAAAAAGCUCCUAAAAUCUUCUCAGCUGUCCUCACUAUCAGCUGCAGGGUCUUGUGAUCCGAGAUGGUACAGUUCCCAAACCAGACAGUGAUGCAGCUGCUCAGAAUGCUCUCAGUGGUCCCUCUGUAGAACAUGGUCAGGAUGGGGCGAGGGAGAUGUGACUUUCUCAGCCUUCGUAGGAAGUAGAGACUCCGCUGGGCUUUCUUGGUGAUGGAGCUGGUGUUGAGUGACCAGGUGAGGUUCUCCUCUAGAUGAACACCAAGAAAUUUGGUGUUCAUCUACCGAUAAUCCAUCAAUGUUCAGCAGAGAGUGGUCGCUCUGUGCUCUUCUGAAGUCAACAACCAUCUCUUUAGUUUUAUCAACAUUGAAAGACAGGUUGUUGGUUCUACACCAGGUAGUUAGAUGUUGCACCUCCUCUCUGUAUGCUGACUCGUCGUUCUUACCGAUGAGAGCCACCACAGUCGUGUCUUUGGCAAACUUAAUGACAGAGUUCGAUCUGUGCAUUACUGCACAGUCAUGAGUCAGAGUGAACAGCAGUGGACUGAGCAUGCAGCCUUGAGGAGCUCCAGUGCUCAGUGUAAUGGUGCUGGAGAUGCUGUUCCCGAUCCGGACUGACUGAGGUCUCCCAGUCAGGAAGUCCAGGAUCCAGUUGCAGAGGGAGGUGUUUAGUCCCAGCAUGCUCAGCUUCCCAAUCAGGUAUAUAUCACCUACCUGUCAGGGGAAUCAGAGGCACUUCUUUCUGGUUGAAAAUCUAAUUAUUUAUUUGAUCCUUAUGGAUUUAAUUAUUUAUUUUUACACACAAUCUAUCCUGUUGUAAAGUUCUCACUUUUGUUUUGUUUUUCCCACAGAACCUGUUUACAGUGAGCCCACAUCUCUUCAAAUAAAAAAAUCAUAUACAUACUACAUUAGCAGAGUGAAAUGAUUUACAUAUAACCAAGAUGCAUAUUCUCUUCCUUUGUAAAGUUAAAUCAUUACAUCAUUAAUCACUAGAGGAUUUCUGUGUGAAUUUUGAAAAUGCAUUCAGCUUGAUGAAUACAAGUUAAAUAAAAUGCAUAAAAGAA